CUUCUUCACACUCCAUUCUUUGCAUUCGACGAUCAGAGCACUUCUACAAGGCCUUCUUGUCCUUUUCACCAUCAUUCUGGCUACUCUCUCACUGCAACGUUCCUCAUAAAUUGCCCCAUUCUGUCCUAUCCUCCCUAACGGCCCGUGGCCACCCACCUACAACCAUGGCUGGAUGGUUCUCCUCUGGCACGUCUGCCCUCGACGAGCAAAUUGAAAAAGCUACUUCAAGUAGUCUCGAAGACAUCGCUACAAGUCUCGAAAUCUCCGAUUUGAUCCGAUCCAAAACAGUGCAGCCUAAAGAGGCUAUGCGAUCGUUGAAGCGACGGAUAGGCAACAGGAAUCCCAAUGUUCAGCUUUCAGCCUUGAAACUCACAGACACGUGCGUGAAGAAUGGAGGAUCUCACUUCCUGACGGAAAUCGCAUCCCGCGAGUUUAUGGACAAUCUUGUCUCGUUGCUCAAAGCCUACGGACCUGCAGCUGUAAACGACGACGUCAAAGGCAAGAUCCUCGAACUGAUACAGACUUGGGCCAUUGCCACCCAAGCUCGAUACGAUCUCUCGUAUAUCAACGAAGUCUACAAGACCCUCCAAAGAGAAGGAUUCGCAUUUCCACCAAAGGUUGAGAUUGCAAGUACUAUGGUGGACAGCAGCGCCCCUCCCGAAUGGGCCGACAGUGAUGUCUGCAUGCGAUGUCGUACAGCUUUCACCUUUACGAAUCGCAAGCACCAUUGCAGGAAUUGCGGCAAUGUCUUCGAUCAGCAGUGUUCCUCCAAGUCGAUUCCUUUACCACACCUGGGCAUCAUGCAGCCUGUGCGCGUCGACGACGGAUGCUACGACAAACUGACCAGGAAGUCCGGUGGCUCCGAUCGCCGAGUGUCUUUCGCACCCAAACCUAGCGCCAUGCAACCACGAAGUGCCAGGGUAGAGGCUAGCAGCUUUGAUGAGGAUCUGAAAAGAGCUUUGGAAAUGAGUCUGGAGGAGGCCAAGGGAAUAUCAAGCUCAGGCUACGUGCCGCAGUCACAGGAACGAAAGAAGGAGCCUCCAAAGACGAACGGUGCGGCAGCAGCCGAGGAAGAGGACGACCCUGAUCUGAAGGCUGCCAUAGCCUUGUCUCUGAAGGAGGCCGAAGAACAGGCCAAGAAGCAUGCGGCCUCGAUUAAGAAAUCUGCAGCCGAUGGUGCAACUUCUACACAACCAUUCAUCAUGCCGAAGAAUGACUAUGAGCUAUCAAUCGUGGAAGCGGAGAACAUCAACCUAUUCUCCACGCUUGUCGACCGUCUACAACAUCAACCACCGGGCACAAUACUACGAGAACCACAGAUUCAAGAAUUGUAUGAAAGCAUCGGCAAGCUUCGACCCAAACUGGCCAGAACGUUGGGCGAGACAAUGUCGAAGAAUGAUGCUUUGCUUGAUCUUCAUGCCAAACUGUCGACUGUUGUUCGCUACUACGAUAGAAUGCUCGAGGAUCGACUGAACAAUACCUAUAACCAGCGGAAUCCGGGAUAUCCAGGUUACGGCAUGGCCUCACCAGGCAUACCUCAAGCUUCUGGAAUGUACCCAUCAAUCGCUUCAGGUCCUCCGCCAUCUAUGAGCACUGCGCCAGGGGGGGCGGAGAACUAUUACUUUAGCAAUGCACCAUCCGCUGAACCUUAUGGAGCACCUUCACAACCACCAAUGCCCGAACCACAACGCUCGUAUUCAUAUUCGAGCGCAAAGCAGGACGCCUCAGUCUCAUCGUAUUCAUAUCAAAAUUCGGUGCUGCAGCAGCAGCAGCAAGGUGGACAGCUCAAUCAACCACCGUCUCCGCAAAUGUAUCACCAACAACAAUACUCCUCUCAGCCUUCACAAGCUCCUCCUCCAUCCGCGUACCCUCAGUUGCCACCUCCCGAUCCUCAGCAUACACCUACCCCUUAUUCUCAGGGGGCAGAUGCUCCUACUCCUCAACCACAGUACGCCUCUCAAGCUCUGCCAGCCUACCAACAACAGCAACAGGCAGUACCAUCAACACCUCAAACCCAAUCCCAACCUCUUCCCCCACCUACCCAGACAUAUCAACAGCUUCCGCCGCCACAACCACAACAACAACAACAACAACAACAACAACAACAAUACCCUCCUCCAACACAGCAAUCCAACCCACAGUCGUACCCGGCAUAUCAAACUGGCUACAGUCAAGAUCAAUUCCCUUCGGUACCGCAACAUACUCCUGGCUACCCACAACAAUCCUUACCUCAACACCAACCUAAACCCGUCGCGGUGGAGGAGAGUUUGAUUGAGCUUUGAGAAGCUUUGCACGGGUAGAACGUGGGUCGAGGAGUAGUUUUGGGGGGUCCACUUGCAUCCCUUCCGACCUGUAUGUACGUACCGGGUGGUCUCGGUCCAGAUUGCUAGCAAUGGGGAAGGCCGGCGGUUGUCUUGUUGCGGCUUUCUUUUUCAAGGCGGAGGGAAAACGUCCCAGGAGUAAAAAUAGGUAGCGUCCAAACCCAGAGCCAGCCAGUACUCGAAUGAGAUUUUCAUCCUUAUAUCCCAUAGUUGGCAAUUAGCACAGUCCGCAUUUUAUUGAUUACACCCCGAAAUGUAUUCGACAUUAAAAAGACUUGUCCU